UUUUCAGUGUGCGACGAGCACCGGGAGUUUAAAGACCUGAAGCUGUUUUACCGCUUCCGAAAAGACGACGGCACGUUCCCGUUGGACAGUGAAGCCAAAGUCUUCAUGAGGGGGCAGAGGAUCUAUGAGAAGUUGAUGAACACAGAAAACAACCUAUUACAAACCAGGGAGGAAGAGGGCGUGGCAUUCGAGCGGACGCUGGUGGCAUCCGAGUUUAUCGACUGGCUGAUUCAGGAGGGUGAGAUGGCAACCAGGGAAGAGGCAGAACAGCUGGGACGGAGGCUUCUUGAACAUGGCAUCAUCCAGCAUGUCACCAACAAGCAUCACUUUGUCAACGGGCCCCUACUCUACCAGUUCAGGAUGAAUUUCCGGCGACGCCGGCGAUUGAUAGAACUUCUUCACGAGCGUGGCCGCAGCAUCCCAGAGAGUCAUGACAGCCCCUUCUGUCUCCGCAAACAGAACUCAGACGGAGGCAACACAAGCUUCCUCUCAGUUCUGAAAAGGCAAGUGAGUCCAGAGGAGCUGCAGAGACCAGGAGGACCUUUUCUAAAGAAGACAUUCACUAUUGUAGGUGAUGCUGUGGGCUGGGGCUUUGUGGUGCGAGGCAGCAAACCCUGUCACAUCCAGGCUGUGGACCCUGGCGGACCUGCAGCUGCUGCUGGCAUGAAGGUGUGCCAGUUUGUGGUGUCGGUGAAUGGACUGAACGUCCUCUCUCAGGACUACCGGACCGUCAGCAGCCUGAUCCUAACUGGACCCAGGACAAUCGUCAUGGAGGUGAUGGAGGAGGCAUAGGUUUGAAGAGAGCAAUCCUUCAUAGAAGAAUAGUGCAGGAAUGACGUGUGGGGGGGGGGGGGCUAGAAGGUUUAGUACUUGACCUCAAAACCACAGCGACGACUUGAAACGCAACUGACACUCUCUCUGUUUCAGCAUUGUUUGGACAAGAUGGACGACUGAGAGACUGAAUGGGUUUAAGAAUGUGGGGAUUCAAGUCAAGUCCGUGAUUCAGCCUGUUGACAAAACAUACAGGUUGUACCUCAUUUUUUUCAUGGGAAACAGCUCAGGAGCCACCCCUUCUACAGAUGCCUCAUUCUUAAUGAGGAGGCCCCAGACUUUAUGUGUGGAACAAGAACAACAUUCACUGUUUUUGCUUGAGUUUUGAACCAGAACUAAAUCAUGAAUCCGUGUCUGAACAUGAUGAGUAGUGUUUAAGGGACGUCCAAGGAUGAGCGAUAAAGUUAAAAAGUAGGAGAUAAAGUAGAGAUAAAACUGUAAUAAUAAGGAAGAGUAUUUCAUGCCGACACAUCCCGUGACCCUUCCCCCAGUUAGUUUCCAACCGUGGCUCAACACUGUCCUCUGCUGGAAAAGACAGGAAGACACACAUAGACAGGAGCAUUUCUACCACAACUACAUAAAUCACAAGGUUUCAGGGUGUUUAAUUGUGUUUCCCCUUGUUUGGGGAACCACUGUGUUAAAUAGAAAACAUUCUACCCUUGUUGUGUGAAAGCAAUAACUAUAUGUAGCUGCUAGGAAUUAGUUAGUUUACAUAAUAAAAAUGCAGUGAUAAACUCUACGUGACAUUAACAGGCACAAUGUAUAUAGAAAAGUUAUGAAAUACUUUACGCACAAACAACAUCUAAGAACAUCUUUGUGAAUAAUUGUUUUUUAAAUUACUCCCAAUCUCAAUUAGUAUAUUUUACUAUUUUGUGUUUUUUUUUUUACCAGGAACUCCCACAGUGACAUAAGAUGUCAUUAUUUGUAAGAGUUUGUUUUAAAGAAUAAGAACCCAGAGAGUAAAUCUUGUUCUCAGCUCUAAAAUACUAUUAGGAAAUGGAAAGUGUUGCAUUUAUUGCCUAAAAGACAAAAAAAAUUAAACACACCAUACCAGUGGCAAUGCCAAAUAAGUCCUAAACUAUGAUUCGAGUCAUGUUACGCUAUCCAGAUUUAAUUUGGAAACUUACAAGAUUUUAUUGUAGCGAACAGCAGAUACAGUUGACCUUAAAUAUAGAAAAUGUAUCUAUAUAUUCUUUGAUGUUUGAAGAACAUUAAAGGGAUAGAAUGAGUGUUUAAGCUCUUAAUUUACAAAAGCACUUUUAUUUAUAUAUAUAUAUAUAUAUAUAUAUAUAUAUAUAUAUAUACUACUAAAUUGAACUUGCCUCCAAUGUUCUGGAGUAGCAGCAGAAAACAAGCACAAACAUUUUGUAAUUAUUUUUUAAUUAAUUUUAUUGAAAUGACCCUAAAAGUUGGGAAAUUUAGGGUUAGGGGUUAGGGUUAGCCUCUCUACUUACCGGGCUGUGCGCACUCAGCCCGUGCACUUACUUGGCAUGAAAAUGUGUUUUAGGGGAGUGGCUUUUAAAGGGAGGUGUGAAGGAAGGGGGUGGGAUUUUUUUGGUUGGAUACUUAAAAAAUCAACCUUUUCUCACUAGUUUCUCCGAGUUGCCAACCCCAGCUUUAAAAGAAAAUCCCCUUUUGAGUUAAAGCAGGCUUGAGGUUAAGAUAAAUUGCUGUGUACAUCAUUAGCCUCCAAAAUAAUAACAUCUGAAUUAAAUAUAUGUUUACAGAUCAUGCCAUCAUGUGCUUAGACAUACUAGCAUGAGAAUAUCACAUUUAAAACUUCAUGAUAAUAAAAAGAAGAGCAUGAUAAGUGAUGACAUUGCUCACACAGUAUGUGUCAGUAGUCCAUGGUUGAUUCCUGAGUAAAUACGUUUAUUUUUGUUUGUUAUUGUUUGUUUUAGUCCAAACAACACUGCCUGGUUUGUAGGAGGUGUACUGGGUUUAGUCCUGAAGUGAAAUUAUUACUUAAAAACUUAAUACAAAUGCAGUACACUGAACUUUUUCUAUUCAAGAUGAGCAAAUAUUCAAGAAAUCCUUAUUGCCAAAAGGUAGAAUUAACACAUACUGUAUAUCACAGUAAACUGCCUCCAAGUGAGUUAUUCAGUGUAAAUCUGAUUAAUUUUUUUCAAUGUGCUUUGAUGUUGCUUUGAUGUUGUAAGCAGUGAAAUGCAUGAUUCCCUGUAAAUCUGUGUUUAUGUAGCAUUAGCUUCUAAUCCAAAGCGCUUCUUCGGUCUGUUAACUUGUAGGACUGAGUUAUCUGACAAAUCAUUUCAGAGGUAAAGUAUAUUUGAGUCUUAAGAAGUCUGUUUCCACUUUCAGGAGAAACAGAACAGAACAAAACCUCCUCAGUGGUGUAAAUAAGAAGUUUAAGAAAUUGUUAUAGAAUAUUUUAGAGGUAAGUAGACACUGGCGAUGUUCUCUGGUUGACUCUGCCACAUUCAUGACACUUUGUUUUAAGUUGCUGAUCUCAAAACUGAUGUUGUUGGAUGAUGCCAUACAAUGUUAAUACAGUUCAUGUAAAGUUCAUGGAUAUUUUAUUGGGAGGGUUUGCUGUGUUUGGUGACCCCGGCCCAUUUUCAGACACAUAUUUCAAUAUUCUUUGAUACUUUGAAGUUUGAAACUUUUGUUCUUCACUGCCAUUCAGCAGGUAAACACGACAGCACAGACUGUUCAGCAUUAACCCUGAAAGCCUUUGCCUUAAUACCUUAUUUCGCUGCUAAUCACAGUUGGUGGUCAUCUAAACUGUUCUGUUCCCAUCUCUUUUACCUCUGACUUUCUGAAUUUAAAGUGCUCGUUGCUCCAGGCAAUCAUGCGUCAGUUCUAUUGACAAUCAGUGUUUCAUGGACACCACCUUUAAAUAGCACCACAGCGUUUUUUUUGUUUUUUUUUAAAGCAAUGGUUAGACAGAAUGUAUUUUACCACCAUCUUCUUCAUUCUGCUGUUCAUAUUGUCAUUUUUAUACUUCAACUUUAAUGAUUGGUUCGUUCAGUUAAAGGGAUUCUUCACUUUAUGUUCACCUUGUGAGGCCAGAGUGAGUGGCCUCAGCAGGUACACCUGUGUGUUUAGUUUCUCCGCUAUCAGAGAUUGAAUGUUGGGAUUGACGACGAUAUAAGCUCACAGUACCACAGUCUGUUUUUGACAAAGCAGCUAUAGCUCAUUUGAUGUUCAGAUGUAUAAAACAGUUGAUUAAGUGUUUAAUAAACAAACUGAUUCUA